AUUACACCUCAGUCCGGCAGAUGGCGGUAAUACACUGAGAUUUUAAACUGCCAAUAAAACUACAGAAGAAAAAAGAGAAGGAAACGUUAACGAAUAAAGAAACUCCUUCGCAUGUUUUCGUGGGUUGUCUUUUUCUGCCUGCAAAAUGAACAACUUAAAUAAAUCCCAAGACUUUGACUCGUAUGAAAUUGACGAACCGAGCGACGAGGAGCGAGCUGAGAGCAGUUCAGAGGAUGAGCUCGACGUGCUGCUUAACGGAACCCCAGAGCAGAAGAAGAAGCUGAUACGGGAGUAUCUAACAGGAGAGAGUGAGUCCUCCAGUGAGGAUGAGUUUGAAAAAGAGAUGGAGGCAGAACUUAGCUCCACCAUGAGGACCAUGGAGGGAACCUGGGCACCAGCAGAUGUUCCCACAGGUGGAGGAAGCACAAAAGGUUCUUGCAUUUCCAACCCUCAGAUGUAUGACAAGGUUUACUUUGAUUCUGACUCAGAGGAGGAGGACACACCAAGCAGCUCCACAGACCGGAGGCGGAGACAGCGUAUCAUCCCCACUAAUGAUGAGCUGCUGUACGACCCAGACGAGGAUGACAGAGACCAGGCCUGGGUGGAUGCAAGGAGGUAUAACAGCAGAAAGUUUCAGAACACAGCAUCCAGGUCUCAACUUCACCAGCGUCAAGGUUUACCCAGCAGUGACGCUGUGCUCAACUGUCCCGCCUGCAUGACGACACUCUGCCUGGACUGUCAGAGGCAUGAGAAGUACCGGACGCAGUAUCGAGCCAUGUUCGUGAUGAACUGCACUGUGAAAACAGAUGAGGUGUUGCGCUACAAAACGCAGCAGGAGAAAAAGCCAAGGAAGAGGAGGAGGGACCACAAAGCAGAGGUGUCACCAAACGGGGCUCCCAGCCCCAGGCCAGCAGGGAUGGACUCUGAAGAGAUUUACCACCCAGUGAAAUGUUCAGAGUGUUCCACAGAGGUGGCUGUGUUUGACAAAGAUGAGGUGUACCAUUUUUUCAAUAUACUGGCUAGCCACUGCUGAGGUGGACUGAACAGGUUCAAAUCCAGAUGUUUUUUUUUCUCAGUGUUUAUAAAUAAACAAUUGUUUUCAUAGAGGUUAAUGUCAUUCAGAACCUUACAUGGCCAAAUAAACCACUUAACUUGACCAAAAUCAUCUCAUCCAAAUUCAUCUGUGAAAAAGAUAGAAAUAGAAAUUUCAGUUUUUGCUCGAAAAAAAAAAAGCUUAAGGUUUUUGCAUUGAUGUCUUAUCAUGAAAUCCACAUAUCUGUUAAUAUUUUUGUCUCCAGUGUAAUUUCUUUUUUACCAACCAUCAUCUAAUGCACAGUCCUAAAAGUGGUGUUGCAUAAAGGUGUUUUUACAGAUUACUUAUGAACAGUAAAAUGUCCACCAGGAAGUGAAAAAUUCAGGCUGAAUUGAAGAUAGUUUAGAUGUUCUGGUUGGGUUUGCUUAAGUUAUCUUUCCGUUACAGGUCAGACAGGGGGUUGACUCAUCAGCUGGGUUCAUAUUCCUCAUGUAAAACAUGAGAUAUCAGUUUUUGAGGAUGGAGUCUUGUCAUGGAGCCAGGGCUGGCUCUUGGUUUAGGCCACACAGGUGGUUGCCUAGGACACCCAACACUGAAGGUGGUGCUGCUGCUGCAACUCAAAUAAAUACAAACAGAAUGAAAUAAAUAAUGACAACAAUGGUCA